CUUACAUUUAUAUAUGCGUCUCCUCAGAAUGAGCCGUGACCAUGGCAACACCAAGCCAUGAGUACCUUUUCGAAAGCCUGGCCUCUCCUUCUCUCUCUUUUAUCUUUCAACCCAUCCUGCUCAUUUCACUCCAUAUCAGCCAGCUGGGAGACUGGCAACAAAGCAAAACGUGAAGACUUCAGUUCCAGGACAUUAUCCUUAUAGAUUAUUUCUUUUUUUUAUGUGCCGCAGCAACACGUCUUUUGUCAUUGCUUGUGGUUUUCCAGGAAAAGGAAAUCAUCAAAGAAAGAGACUGAGGCCUCUUGCUCCAAGAUGUAGCCAGUGUUAUGGAUUCAUCAGGUUUUAUUUUCCAAAUACUUGAAAAACUUGAUAAUCUGCCGCAUUUUUGAAUUUUUAUUCUCUUGAAGUGCAUCAGAAGUAUCGGACAAAUGAUGAAGAAAAUGAAAAGAAAGUAAAGGACUUAAAGGAAACCCAAAGAGAUACUGGGACCAGAAGUAAACAUGCCAUGGAUUGCUUGGAGGAUUUCUCGCAGUGUCCAGCUUGUAACAAAGAAUAUGACGUCGUUUUGAUCUUACCUUGUUCUCAUAUGAUCUGUGGUCGCUGUGUGGCAGCUGAAGAAGAAACCGGGUCGCAUCCUGUGUGUCGCCAUGACCCACGACGGUCAGUCUGCUCGGUGCCGUGCCCAUGCUGCAGACAACCAGUAGAGCUGCCAUGUUGGACCUGGUCAUCUGCCGCUUCCUGUCUCCCUCAGCAUCCCACUCCGAGGUCUGAAUAUGCAAACUGGGAUACAGGCUUCAAAGACAGAUCAGCAAGGUCUCACCACGAACAGGAGGACAGUGAUUGCAAAUCGACACUAAGCAGUAAAAGGUGCUCCACUGCGCGCAGCUCCUUUGUAUUGCCAGAGGAUGGUGCUGUAGACCUGCUAGAAGAGGAGAUGGAGCGGAGUGUCUAUGGGUUGUGCUUCUCCCUGGACCCUUCAUCUGUCCCACCACCCCUCCGUCUGUCCAACACCCUCCUCACAGUGACCUACAGUGACAGUGGUUCUUCAGACCUACGUCCUAGGAUCAGAAAACCUGCGUUGACCCCUGACUCCACGGUGCUUCUUCCUCAUGUGAGCGCUGAUGUCAUCAUUGCUCAGGGGCAAUACUACUGGGAGGUGGAUGUCUGUAACAGCUCCGUCUACAGGGUUGGUAAGAACUCUGUUGGUUGUGGUUGAACUGGGUUGAUGCCAGUUGAUUCAUUCCUUCCAGAAGCCCUCACCCUUACUCAGCAAGACUGCGCUUGUUUAUACCUACACCCACAAUAAAGUGCACAAAGACAGUGAACACACACAUGGGCUCGUUCUGAUUCACCUUCAUUGGUCGUGGGAAUAAAGGUGUUGGAAGCAUUGACCAAUUAUGGAUCAUUAUUUAAGCAUUGGUAGCAAUACUCACUACAGUAAUCCAGGAAAACUCCCAGCAUCCUUAGUCCCUUCAUGUAACCCCAGACUGACUCCAGGAUGUUGACAUCAGGGCUCUGUACCAUCUGUUGCACGACUCUUUGUUUUUCUUUUUCCUUGCAUGUUUGGGUUUAUUGUCAUGCAACAGAGGGAAUUUUGGACAAAUCAGAUGCCUCCCCGUUGGUAUUACGCAACAAACACAAAUCUAAACACAGAAUGUGGACAAAAAUGUUGAUAACCUAAGAGGCUUUCUCUGUGAAUGAUUCACUGAAGUACAAAUGCUGCACUUCAGAUAGUCUCCAGGAUUCAAAGUGUAAUAUUUUACAGUCCAUAUUCCUGACCUGAGUAACUGCAGUGCACCAUCUCUAAGUACGUAAGAGCAAGGAGUUCGAUUGGUAGGAUGAAAUUCUAAAAACAGGAUACAGAAAAAAAUAUCCUAAUUAUUUUUCUCAUCCUUUCAGUGUUGUCUAGACUCCUGCAAUGGCUGGAAAAGUCACAAAGACAAUCAACAUUGGUUUGUAAAGACGUCUGCUCUGCUAGAAGAUGAUUACAGUACUCUUCAGCAAUAAAGAAGAGAUAAACAGUGGUCAGCUUUCUGAUGGAGAUGUAGUUCGUGAAACACCUGACCUACAUAAUGUUAGAUUAUGAUGUGAAUUUUACUUUUUAUUUGAAUUAAAAAUAAUAAUAAAGUUCAUGCAUGGCUAUUGGUUUACAUCUUUUGACUACAUUACCUAAAUCCAAAAGGUUGCACAU